UCUCGAGAGAAAGCUGCUAAGAAGAGGUCAAAGGGGAAUUAGGUGAAAGAGAGAAACCUUAGUUCUGUGAGAAGACAAAAGUAGGAAAGGAAAGGGGUAACAGUGAAGAAAGAGCGAGAUAUUGGUAUAGUGAGAAAAAAAUAUUUUUAAGCGGUCAUUUUGGUGGCCAUGGAUACAACUUGCUUUUCUGAAAGCAUUUAUAACCUCAUACCCAUUGACUGGAAGGAGCCUCCCCAGCCUCCUAGGUACAUAUCCAUUUUUAAGACAUCUGUAAAAGAGGACAUGCAAAAACAUAAAACUGCAAUGAAGACUAUGGGACCACCAAAAGUUGAAGUACCUUCUCCGAAGGAUUUCCUGAAGAAACAUUCAAAGGAAAAAAUUCUACCACCUCAAAAAAAGUUUGAUCGGAAUGAGCCCAAAAAGCCUCCCGUGCCACUGAGGACUGAGCAUCCGGUCAUGGGAAUACAGAGUGAAAAAAAUUUUAUAAAUACAAAUGCAGCCGAUGUCAUCAUGGGAGUGGCUAAAAAGCCUAAGCCAAUUUAUGUUGACAAAAGAACUGGAGACAAGCAUGAUCUUGAAACCUCUGGACUAGUUCCAAAAUACAUCAAUAAAAAGGAUUAUGGCGUCACACCAGAAUAUAUAUGUAAGCGAAAUGAGGAAGUUAGGAAAGCCCAAGAAGAAUAUGAUAAUUAUAUCCAGGAAAACCUUAGGAAAGCAGCUAUGAAAAGGCUGUCUGAUGAAGAAAGAGAGGCCGUUCUGCAGGGGCUGAAGAAGAACUGGGAGGAGGUGCAUAAGGAGUUUCAGUCCCUCUCGGUGUUCAUCGACUCCAUCCCAAAGAAGAUCCGCAAGCAGAAGCUGGAAGAAGAAAUGAAGCAACUGGAACAUGACAUCGGUGUCAUCGAAAAGCACAAAAUUAUUUACAUCGCCAAUAAGAAGUAAUAGAUUUAAAAAAAAAAUAGAGUCAUUUUAACAUAGGGGGAAAAGGUGAAACUUUGCCUUUCAAAGGGGAAAAUACUAUGAAGAGAAUAAAAAUAGUUUUGACCAAAAUGCUGAGGCAAUGAUUAAAGGGUAAGCGAAUUAUUCUACUGA